AUGGGAUCAACAACUCAACCUCAACCCACCACGACGAACGAGGACAAAAACACAGUGCCAGAAUCGGAGUCCUCAUCAUCCUCAUCAUAUAAACUCCGAUUCUGCACCGUGUGCGCCUCCAAUCAGAACCGCUCUAUGGAAGCCCACCUCCGUCUCUCCACAGCGACGAGUCCCUUCCCUGUAAUUUCCUUCGGGACGGGCUCUCUAGUCCGGUUGCCCGGGCCCUCAAUCACCCAACCCAACGUCUACAACUUCAACACAACCUCGUACUCUCAAAUGUACGACGAGCUGCUCUCCAAAGACGAGCGUCUCUACCGCAACAACGGCCUCCUGAACAUGCUCGAGCGCAACCGUAACUUGAAAUGGGGCCCGGAGCGCUUCCAGGACUGGGGCGCCCUAGGUACUGAAGGCGGCGUUGUCGAUGUAAUCAUCACCUGUGAAGAACGGUGCUGGGAUGCCGUGGUAGACGAUCUUAUGAAUAAGGGCUCACCCUUGAACCGGCCCGUGCAUGUCUUCAACGUGGAUAUCAAGGAUAAUCACGAAGAGGCAUUAGUAGGAGGCAAGGCUAUCUUGGAUCUAGCGAAUCGGUUAAACGAGGCUGCCUCGCAGGAGAGAAAGACGAAUGGUGCCGAUGGAUGGGAGAACGGAGUCGGUGAGGCGAGACGGAAUUUCGAUGCUCGCGUGCCUGAUAUCCUGGCUGAGUGGCAGGAGAGAUGGCCUCAUUUGCCGGCUUUGUGGACACUGGCUUGGCUAUAG